AUGCGGUAUAAACUUUCAGAGUUCGAAUACGACGAUGUGAAAUAUGUCUUCCUGAACCAUACGCGACGUCAGUCCGGCUGGUGGAACAGCUGGUUCGGAAUCAACCCAUAUGCAGACAGCUGGCAGAGAGCGAAGAUAUGCCUAUGCAUGCAAAUUAGCUAUAAAAACGCAUACCUGUGCCACGAAAUCAUAUUUCGCUACCAAAUACUACUAGAGCUGUAUCAAAUGAUUGAAAAACGGUACUACCAUAAGUUGCGGUCUGAUGUUGCCCCAUCUUCUCUGAUGCUGUACUUCUAUACCAACAUACUGGAAGAGAGCCAGGCUAUAAUACAUCUGUGUAACAUGCUGCACGAAAUUGAGGACAAAUAUAGAUACAACAGUCCUAUCAAGAAGAAACACGAUUCCGCUUUUCAAGAUAGCUUUGAUAUUAAGGACGAGAAAAACCGAACGCUAUCGCCCGAUGAAACCUAUGAAAGGUAUCAGAGGCUGAUGAAAAAGGAAGCUCUGAAGAGAGAGAGAGAGAGAAAGAAACAGCGGAAAAUGUAUUUGAAGUUCGGUAUCACUACGAAAUCACAAGAAAAUAGUAUAUAUCGGACGAAGAAAAGUCGUUUUCCUCUGCACUACGGUUGGUCGCUUGAAGAUUGGCCUCCCAAACCAAAGGGGUAUAGACCUCAAAAAUAA